AUGUUUACAACAUCAUUCUUAACACAAAUCGAUGGUUAUAUAAUAUUAAUUGGUUUUGGAUUAUUAUUUAGUUCUAUGAUGAUUGGAAUAACACUUCUUUUACAAAGAUUCAAUGGUGAAAAUCAAAUGUCAAGUGAAACAUAUUUAACAGCAAAUCGAAAGAUUCGAUCAGGUUUAUUAUCAUCAUCAAUUGUUUCAUCAUGGACAUGGGCUGCUACACUUUUACAAUCAACUUCAGUUACUUAUCUCUAUGGAAUAUCCGGUGCAUUUUGGUACGCAAAUGGUGCAACAAUUCAAAUUAUUUUAUUUUCAAUUAUUGCAAUUGAAUUUAAACAUCGAGCACCAUUUGCUCAUACAUAUUUAGAAAUCAUUCGUGCACGAUAUGGUCGAGAAGGACAUUGGAUAUUUAUUCUAUUCUUCUUAUUUACAAAUAUUCUUGUUACAUCAAUGUUAUUAACAGGUGGUUCGGCUGUUAUUCAUUCAUUAUGUGGAAUGAAUAUUAUUGCAAUAUGUUUUUUAUUACCAUUGGGAACAAUAAUUUAUACAAUAUUUGGAGGAUUAAAAGCAACAUUUUUAACAAAUUAUAUUCAUAAUGUCAUUAUUGUUGUCAUCAUAUUCAUUUUUACUUUUGUAACAUAUCGAACAUCAUCUUUAUUGGGUUCAUUUUCUCAAAUUUAUACUUUACUUGUUAAUGAAAGUUUAAAUCAUCCAGUUGAUGGAAAUUUUCAAGGUUCUUACUUAACACUCAAUUCUCGAAAUGGUUUAAUGUUUUAUUUAAUAAAUCUUGUUGGAAAUUUUGGAACAGUUUUUCUUGAUAAUGGAUAUUAUAAUAAAGUCAUUGCUGCUUCUUCAAAAUCGAUUGUACGUGCAUAUAUUCUUGCUGGUUUAGCAUGGUUUGCAAUACCAUUUGUAACUGGUACAACUAUGGGUAUUGUUGCUAUAACACUUCAAACAAAUCCUUUAUUUCCAACAUAUCCAAAUCGAUUAAAUGUAGAUGAAAUAACAUCUGGUUUAACAUUACCUUCAGCUGCAAUUGUUUUACUUGGAAAAACUGGAAGUUUAUUAAGUUUUAUUUUGAUCUAUUUAGCAUGUACGAGUGCAAUGUCUUCACAAUUCAUUGCUGUUACUUCAAUAAUCACAUUUGAUAUUUAUCGAACUUAUUUUCAUCCAAAUGCAUCGAAAAAACGAUUAUUUUUUAUUUCACAUUUAUCUUUAUUGAUUUUUGUCUUAAUAAUGAUUAUUUUAUCUAUUGGUUUAUAUUAUAGUUCAAUCAGUAUGGGUUAUUUAUAUACAUUAAUGGGAAUUCUCAUAUCAAGUGCUGUUGUACCAGUUAUACUCACACUUUUAUCGACUAAACAAAACAAAUUAGCUGUUUGUCUUUCACCAUUAUUGGGUUUAAUAUGUUCAAUUGUUUCUUGGUUAUUAACAACAAAAUAUUUCUUUGAAAAAAUUAAUAUUCAAACAACGGGAUCAAAUUUAUCAAUGCUCAUUGGAAAUCUUGUUGCAUUAUUAAGUCCUUGUUUAUUUAUUCCUUUAUUGAAUUUGAUUAAACCAAAUGAAAAUCCUUAUGAUUUUGUAUCAAUGAGAAGAAUUGCUUUAAUUGAAGAUGAUUUAGUAAAUACAAAUAAUUCAACAAUUGUUGAAAUUGAACGUGCAAUUAUUUAUUUAAAAGACAAUUCACGAUCCAUUUGUUUUUUAGCAAUUGGAAUAACAAUCUGUUUCAUUGUCAUUUGGCCAUGGCCAAUGUUUGCAUCAUCGUAUAUUUUUUCCGAAACAUUUUUUACUUGUUGGAUUUGUUUGGGAAUCAUUUGGUUAUUUGUUUCAUUUUCUAUUGUUGGAAUUUAUCCAAUUAUUCAACAUUUUCGAACGAUUAAAUCAGUUUUCGGAUUAAUUUAUUUUGAUAUCAAAACAUUUCUACAACGCGAUUAA